GAGAAACAAAAGACUUUGAGCAUGCAGCGACAGGAAAUUAGGAGCAAAUCAAGACAUGACUUCCAAGGUGCAUUUAUAGAAGACAAUUUAGGACUUGAGUUGAUGGAAAAAGAAGUAGAGAGAAGGUCGAAAAAGGAAAAUGAAAAAGUUGCUGCAUCCAAGAAAUCCGGGAGCAUAUCAAGAGGCCAAUUGAAAGGAUCUAAGGCUGCUCGUGGAAAGAGAAGCACUGGUCAAGAAAGUGGUGAAAGAAGGAGGAGUGGAAGGAUAAACAAGGAGACGGAAGUGUGCAAUGAAAACGUUAAUGAUGUGGUGGUGCCUGAUACCGAAGAUGGCAGUGAGGCAGACAUUCAUGAGUGUGAGGAAGCUGGCAGUGAUGAAGAUUUUGUCAAUUUACCAAAACAAGUGGUGAGAAAGGAAAAAGAGCGUGCGGGCAGACCAAAGAAGAAGGAGAAGCAGGCUGUUGUGAAUGACUUGAAGGUCCAGUACCACAGCCUCUACACUAGAUCAUCACCGAAUGUGGUGAUGAAUGCUAUUUCGAAAUUGAGUCACAAACAGCGAGAACAAGUGCGUGAAGUUGGAUUUGGGGCUUUGUUAGACCUAGGAAUCAGAGAGUUGCCGUCUAAGCUUGGUUAUUGGAUUGUG